AUGGCUGACGCUCCAGUAUACAACGCGUCCACGCCAACUGGCGGAGAUCCGCUAACAGUCGACGUGAACGCCCAGUAUGCAGGCCUCGAAUGGAACUAUACUUACAUCAUGUUUUGCGGGUUCAUCGUGUGGUUGAUCAUCCCCGGAAUCGGUCUCCUUUAUAGUGGACUAGCACGACGAAAGUCAGCGCUGGCAUUGCUUUUCCAGUCGUUGAUGGUUGUAGCCGUGAUAACCUUCCAAUGGAUCUUCUGGGGAUAUUCACUGGCCUAUUCGCGGGAUGCAAGCCCGUUUAUUGGGACAUUAACGAACUUUGGCUUAAAGGGUGUGAUGGCAGCGCCGUCGCCUGGUUCAGCUGAUCUGCCUGAGAUUGUGUUUUGUUUCUAUCAACUUCUGUUCUGUGCAUGCACGGUCAUGAUUGUUGUCGGCGGAGCGUUCGAACGAGGCAACAUGAUCCCCACGCUAAUCUUCAGCUUCUGCUGGGCAACCGUCGUCUACUGCCCGCUGGCCUGCUGGACCUGGAACAGCAACGGGUGGCUAUACAACCUCCCUUCACUAGAUUUCGCCGGCGGAGGCCCUGUGCAUAUUGCAUCAGGCUGGUCAGCGCUUGCCUACGCCUUCGUCUUAGGGAAGCGCAAGCAUCUCGGCCAACCAUCAACUGCCAAACCACACAACACGACCCUAGUCUUCCUAGGAACGACCCUGAUCUGGUUCGGAUGGUUUGGGUUUAACGGUGGCUCAGCUCUCAACGCCAGCGUCCGAGCAAUGCUAGCAGCAUUCAACACCAACACCGCCGCCUGCACGGGAGUCCUAGGUUGGGUGCUGGUCGACUACAUCAAGCACCGCGGAAAAUUCUCCGUGGUAGGCGCAUGCGAGGGCGCCAUCGCUGGCCUAGUAGGAAUCACCCCAGCAGCAGGCUUCGUAUCAAUCUGGCUAGCAGCGGUAAUCGGAUUCAUUACCAGCAUCGUAUGUGCCAGUCUCCAAGACCUGAACGAGUGGCUCCACAUCGACGAGGGAAUGGACGUAUUCAAACUCCACGGAAUCGGAGGCAUGGUAGGGGCCUUCCUAACGGGGAUAUUUGCGUCACAAUCGGUCGCAGCGUUGGACGGGGUCACCAAGGUGACUGGGGGUAUCGAUGGGAACGGGAUGCAGGUUGGGAAACAAUUGGCGGAGGUGUGUGCCAUUUCGGCGUAUUCAUUCACGGUCUCGUGUAUUCUGCUUUACAUCCUGAAGUUUAUUCCCGGGAUGCAAUUGCGUGUGCAUGAGGAGGCGGAAAUGGUUGGGCUGGACCGGGCGCAGUUUAUUGAUGAGCAGAUUGGGGAGCGUGGGCUUCUUGAAGAUCUUUGCGGGACGCCGUCACCGGCUGGUGCCAGUGUCAAUGAGGGGGUUGUGGUUGGUUUGGAGAAGAGAUAG